AUGGCUUCCGAAAAACCAUCCCCCGAUGCCAACGACAUCACCAUCGAGUCUCUCCCCUCCAUCCUCGCCGAUGACAACAGCGUCAAGCUUGCCGGGGUCGACGUCGACGGUGUUCUGCGUGGAAAGCUGGUCUCCAAGAAGAAAUUCCUCUCCAUCGCAAAGGCUGGCUUCGGCUUCUGUUCCGUCAUCUUCGGCUGGGACAUGCACGACCAGACUUAUUUCAAGGAGCUCAAGAUCAGCAACAAGGAGAAUGGCUACAGGGACAUUAUUGCCAUCCCAGACUUGGCCAGCUUCCGCAGGAUCCCCUGGGAGGAUAAUGUGCCCUUCUUCCUCGUCAGCUUCUUUGAUCCGGACACCGAAGAGCCCCUGAGUGCUUGCCCAAGGCAGCUCCUCAAGAGGCAGGUUGAUAAGUUGGCUGAGAAGGGCUGGGGCGCCAUGGCAGGAGCCGAAUACGAGUUCUACCAGUUCAAGACGCCGGACGACAGCCAGUCGGCGGCCGGCUACCUCAAAGACAACCCGACACACACCCUACCUUCCUUGACCGAGGGAAUGUUUGGCUACAGCAUCACAAGGCCAGUCCACAACAAAGAAUACUACUAUGACGUUUUCAAUACAUGCGAGGCUUUCCGAUGCAACAUCGAGGGAUGGCACACUGAGAGUGGUCCUGGCGUCUACGAGGCCGCCCUCGAGUUUGGCGACAUCUCGGGCAUGGCUGAUCGCGCAAGCCUGUUCAAGUACGUCGUUAAGUCGGUCGCAACCAAGUACAACGUCACGCCAUGCUUCAUGGCAAAGCCAAAGCAAGGCCUCCCUGGUAACUCUGGUCACAUGCAUGUAUCUCUGGUUGAUAAGGAGGGCAAGAAUCUUCUAGUCCGCGAGACUCCUGAUCCCUCCUCCCCCUGGCCUGAUAUCGCCCAGCUCUCCGACACUGGACGAUAUUUCUUGGCUGGCCUCCUUGAGGGCUUGCCAGAUAUCAUGCCCAUGUUUGCUCCAACUAUCAACAGCUACAAGCGCCUGGUUGAGAACUUCUGGGCACCUGUAACCGUCUCGUGGGGUUUGGAGCACAGGGCUGCGUCCAUCCGUCUUAUCGCACCGCCAACUUCAAAACCUGGCGCCACUCGCUUCGAAGUGCGCGUUCCCGGGGCCGAUGCCAAUCCGUACUUCGUUUACGCUGCCAUCCUUGCCUGUGGUAUUAGGGGGAUUGAGAAGAAGCUGGAGAUCCCGUGCCCACCUCUGGGCAAGGGCGAAGACAUUGGCGGUGAGGCCGAUCAGGGCCAGAGGUUGGCAAAGAGCCUCAAAGACGCUGUCGAGCGCUUCACUCGAAAAGAAAGCAUCGCCAGAGAAGUCCUUGGAGAUGAGUUCGUUGAGCAUUUUGGUGGCACCCGGGACCACGAAAUCCGGCUGUGGGACGAGGCCGUCACGGACUGGGAAAUGAAGCGCUACAUUGAGACGGUAUAA